CCAAUCAGCAUCAUCUUAGAAGUAGUCCUGUGCAUGAAACUAAACCAUGUAGUGAUGGGCGGGAAGACAGCACAGAACCACAGUCACCUGAAAGUCAAGGCUCAAACAAACCUUUGGGUAAAGAUGGCAUGGAUGGGGAAAAUUUGGGGGAUAAAAGUGAGCAAGACCAGCAGGGUGGUUCUGAUUCUGUGCUGGUUCCCACCAAAGGGCUUGGUACUGAAAAUGUGUCUGAGAGUGGACCAUCUGCUUUAGGUGAUAUAACUGAUGGUUCUGGGACAGACGUAGAUGGUGGAGUGGUUGCAAAUGUUCUUGAAGAACCAGAGAUGAAAUUAGGUGGAGAUGAAUCUCAGAUGAAUGAUCAGGUUGAAGAUGGGACUAAGCAGAAUAUUGAAGAUGGUGAUAAGGGUGUGGGAGUCUUGGGUAAUGAAAGUCAAGCUGAACUUGAGACAAAAUCUCAGUUGAGUGGAGUUGAAUCUGAAAUGGGUGGAGUUGAAUCUGAUUUGCAGUCAAGGGAUGAGGUUAUAGAAGGAACUGAGCAGAAUAAUAAAGAUGGUGAUGAGGGUGUUGGAGUCUUGGGUAAUGAAAGUCAAGCUGAACUUGAGACAAAAUCUCAGUUAAGUGGAGUUGAAUCUGAACUGGGUGGAGUUGAAUCUGAACUGGGUGGAGUUGAAUCUGAUUUGAAGUCAAGGGAUGAGGUUAAAGAAGCAACUGAGCAGAAUAAUAAAGAUGGUGAUAAGGCCGUUAGUGUUUUGAGUAGUGAGGAGAUGCUGUCAGAAACAAGGUCAUCAGUUCCAGUUCUCGAUCUAGAACUGCAGAGUUCAUCCGAUACAAUGCCUAGAGAUGAUUCUGGCAUUUUCUCCCCAGAUGAUGUUGUAAAUCCUCAUACAGGUUUCUCGGGUCAAGUCAAAAUUAUUGAGCCUGACACAGAUGAGGAGGGUGAUGAGUUCUUUGAUGCAGUCAGUACUCCCUCACCCUUUGCUGUGAUUAAAGACAAGACCAAUUAUGAGUUCAAAGAAGGGGAGGUGGAUCUGCAGCCUGGUGCCAGAAAGAAAGCUGAAGGUGAUGAUGUGUCGGAAGAAGCAUCUUGUGAUUCUGACACAGUAGAUGAUGAAUUUGACGAUAGAGUUUGUCACAGUGGGGAUGAACUAGAUGAUAAAGACAUUGGAGUUCAAGACAAGCUGGAAGAUUCUAUAGAGGAGGUUGAAGGAGAUAAUCUAAGGGUGGAUAAGUGUGUUAAUUUAGAAGGUGAAGAUGGGCUGCAGGGAGUUCAGAGUGGUAUUGACAAAAGUAACCAUGUUGAAUCUGAAGAACAAGCAAAGAUAGCUGACAAUGAACAGGUAGAAAGUCGUGUUGCCCAAGACAAGGACACCGCAAAUGAUCCAUCAAAUGUUGAGGCAAAGGAAGGUGAUGAAGGUCAAGCAGCUAGUGAUGAAGAUCAAGCAGCUAUGGAAGAGGACCUGGGGAAGGCAGAAGGUUCUGUAGCACUUGAAAAGGAUAAAGGAAAAGAAAAUGAUCAGGGAAAUGUUCAGGAGAGAGUUGGCGAGAAUGAAAAGGCUGACACAAAGGGUAAUCUAGAUCUGGAGAAGGAAGAAGGUUGUGUCGAUCUGAAGGUUGAUGGAGGAGUUGCUAAGGAAGUGGAUGAAGAAUUUGCCAUCAAGGAUGAUAUUAAUGUAAAGAAUGAGGACAGCAAAGAAGAGGAAGAAAGCCAUUGUGAAAGCCCAGAUACUGAAGAGGAAGAAUUGGAGGAUUUUUCUACAGAUGAAGAUGAGAGAAGUGGGGAAGUUAAUGAAGCUGUAAAGACAGAAAAAUAUCAGGAUGUGGAGACAGAGGUCUGCCCUGAAGAGCAGAUACAGGGCAAUGUUCAGAGAGAUGAAGAGGAUGGGAACAAACAUCAAGAAGGAUUGGAGAAGGAAAAUGUUGACAAGGUUCAGCCAGAAUGCUUAGAGAAAGAUGGUGUUGGAGAGAGCAAGAAGGAUGACAAGGAAGAUAGAGCCGAGGAUGAUGAGUUUACAGAUGUCAAAGAAGAGCAGCUUUCAGAAAGCAGUCAGGUUUUCAGUGAUGAUAUGUCUAUUGAUGCAGGUAGCAAAGAAACUGAGGAAGACAAGGAUGAACAGACAGUAAAUCCUGUAGCAUCUGAUCAGUCUGGUACUGAACCUAAUGCUGAGAAAACAGGAGCUGGUGUUACUGUUGCCACAGAGGAUCAGCGUGUCAGUGUUGGGGUGGAAGGCAUUGCGAUUCCAGCAACACAGGAAGAGGAUCCUGAAGCAUCUAAUCAGUCAGGCACUGAAAUGGAUGCUGAGGUUGGAGGAUCUGAUGUAAGGCAUGUGCUGACACAGAAGAUCAAACUUUUGAGUUGGAAGGUGAUGUCGUUUCAACAAAACAGGAAGAGAGCCAACCUGACACGGCACGGGACGGUGAUUGUGAAGUAAAGAAUCUACAGUGCAGUGAUCAAGAUGAUAAUGAUGUCAAAGAUGCAUUGUCUCUGAAUCCAUUAAACGAUUUGACAAAAGAACCUUCCAAAGAAAACGUUGAUGUAAACAUUGCAAUUCAAAGUGAGGGAACUGAAGAAUCAGAAGAAACUCAUGUAACAGAUGAAAAGGAAGAGUCUACAAGAGAAACAAAUUUGUCAGU